AUGCUCUCUCGUUCUCUAGUGACUCGUUCAAUUAAAAUUAAUAGAGGUCUAUUAUCCUGUAGAUUUUAUUCAGAUGGUUCUGUCGGUUCUCAGAGACCUAUGGGUUCUGGUGACAGCUUCACAAAAAGAGAAAAAGUUAAUGAAGAUUAUUAUGUGAAACAACAUGAAAAGGAAUUGUUAAAGACUUUGAAAAAACAAUUAAAAGAACAAAGAGAGAAAUUAGAUCAUAUGGAAAAUACUCUAAACAAGUUACAUGAAUAA